UUGCUGAAUGUAGCGGCGAGACUAUGUAAUACCUACAGGCCAGCUAGUAGAACAAUUUGCUAGCAUGGAAAAGUUAAAAAGAAAACUCAGUUUGCUCUUUUUCCUAGUUUUACUUAUUAUUUCUCGGGGAGAUUCCAUGCCCCGGGGGGCUAUAGACUCUCUGCAAAUUAUUGACUUGUCUGAUCUAGGAGACAACAUAAUUGGUAACCCGGAUGUGAAAACCCCAGAAGCUUUGGUCGAGGUUUACAAUAAGGAAUCCCAGCAGAACCCCGAGGAAUUGGGUGCCUACUUUGAAGGUGAUAUAUUGAUUCCAUUGAGAUACAGGAAUGGAAUUUUAGAGCUGAGCUACCGCUGGCCGGGAGGCGUUGUGCCAUACGAGAUCCAAGGUCCCUUCACAGACCAGGAGCUAAGACAAAUAAAUCAUGCGAUUCAGGAAUUCCACACAAGGACCUGUAUACGUUUUAAGCUCAGGACCACCGAGGAGGACUACAUCGUGAUUGGAAGUGAAAACUCUGGUUGUUGGAGCGUCCUCGGUCGUUUGGGCGGCCGUCAGAAGUUGAAUCUGCAGUCGCCCAGCUGCCUGCAACAAAUCGGCAUCUCCAUCCACGAGCUAAUGCACGCCCUGGGCUUUUUACACGAGCAAAAUCGCCACGAACGCGAUUCCUAUGUCCGGGUGAUAAGUGACAACGUAAAGCCUGGGAAGAUGAAGAACUUCAGGAAGUACAGUUCCAGUCAGGAGUCAGGUUUCGGCGUGGAGUACGACUAUGGCAGUGUGAUGCACUACUCGACCACCAGCUUCACCAGGAAUGGCCAGCCCACAAUGCAGGCUUUACGCGACACAUCCGAGUCCAGGAAGAUGGGUCAACGAAGGGGUUUCUGCGGAGAUGUGCGCAAGAUCAACGCCAUGUACAAGUGCCAGGUUUAGAUGAGAAUUUUUUAUGCUUUCGAUUUGUUACACAAAAAUCGUAAGUUCAUGCAUAUCAAUAUUGGCAAUUUAAAGCUCUUAAAAUAAAUAUCAGAACAGAAAAAG